AUCCGGGUCAAAGAGUGCACGUCACGUUAGCUACCGGUUAACUUAAAAGUGUUGUCUUUGGUCUGUCUCUUAUUCAAGUUUCGUUUCCAUGUUUCUUCUUCCCUCUUCAGUUUAGUCUGUCGCCGGUCAUGAUAAGGUCAGUGCUGCUGCGCGGGUUGACCUCCAACGUCUCGUCCUGUACCAGAGGAUCAUGUCUACUAACAGGUCAGAUACCAUACGGUGUGCAGCCUCCUUCACCAGGUCGCACACCCAUCCAGCAGAGCGUCCACGGACUCCUUAUUCCUAAAAUCACAGCUCUGGUCAGGUAUUCAGACUUGUCCCUGCACAAGUACACUAUGAUUUACACCCUGCCGUACAUUAAGCUCCUCAGAGCCGUGUCCAGGCUCAAACUGCUCCAAACUGCAAUCACUGGGGUCAUUUUGCCCCCAGUGUACGUCCUCUACCUCCAGGGAGACGUCCCCUUCUUCCUCGUCAGCUACACAACGGGGAUAGCACUGUUUGCUGGUGUCAUGCUCUAUACUGCCAGUCACUUUUUCAGGAGGGUUGUGGGGAUGAUGUACCUGGACCUGUCCCAGACUACCCUCAAAGUGUCCCACCUCACCUUCUGGGGAAAGCGCCAUGAUAUCUACCUCCCUGUGUCAGAUGUUAUGACCAUCGGGGAUACAGGGGACUCUGCAAAUGAGACAAUAUUGAAGCUCAAGAGAUACAGCAGUCCACAGACAUUGUAUUUCUCCCCUCAUUAUGGACGUGUGGUGGACAAACUAGGUUUUGAGAAGGUGUUUGGAAAUUUAAAAUGAUGUAUAAUUUUUAAAAGUGCAUGGAUUUGGAUGAUGAUAACAGUGACUAUUUAUGAGUUAUUUAAUGUUUCUAAAACAACAUUGUGAUAAUGAGAGGUGUCUGUUCUCCACAGAAGAUGGGUAAUGAAUCUUUUAGUGAAUUAAGCUUGUGAUUGAAAAGUGAGGAUACAUAUUUGUAGGCUUCAGCCACACACUCGUCUUUAGACUGGAACAACAUGCCAAGUAACCAGUGUUGGCAGUAAUAUUUUAAGAGUAUUAAGAUUACUUUUGUCUGGUAAACAGUGACCUAAUGUGUGAAGCUGAAAAAAAUAAAAAUAAAAUCAAGGUCUGCUUUA